AUGCUGGAGCGUCGAAAAGAGCGCAAGCUCACAAUCACCUCACCACCUGAGGACAUAAGAGUUGUGGAGCCACCAAUACCGAAGCAUCGGCGAGCAUCACUCAGUGUCGCUUAUCACCGUCUUUUAUCAUUCUCGUCAUCGCCCAUCAAGAAACAAAAGAAGGAGUAUCGUGACGAGAAAAAACGCGUCAACGAUGAACUUCUUUCGGCUCUUCGUGACCCGACGGUUGUUGUUAUGGCAGACACGCUGAAAAUCCGUGGCGCAUUGAAGAAAUGGAAUCGGUAUUAUUGUGUGUUGAAGCCAGGCCUCCUAAUUUUGUAUAAGCAUAAGAAAGCGGAUAGGGGUGACUGGGUUGGUACAGUACUCUUAAAUCACUGUGAGCUCAUCGAAAGACCGUCGAAAAAAGAUGGUUUCUGUUUCAAAUUGUAUCAUCCGAUGGACAUGAGCAUUUGGGGAAAUCGUGGACCACUCGGACAAUCGUUUGGAAGUUUCACAUUGAACCCUCUCAACACCUCAUUCCUUAUCUGCAGAGCACCAAGUGACCAGGCCGGCCGCUGCUGGAUGGAUGCUCUUGAGCUGUCGUUCAAGUGCACUGGACUGCUGAAAAAGACUAUGAAUGAGCUUGACGUCAAAAAUGGAGAGAAUAGCAUAAUCGACAGUCAGAGAGAUGAGUCAAGGAUGUCUCGUGAUUCCGAUGGUGAUGAGAUGGACAGACGUGUCCCAGCGGUGUCGGAGACGGAUGCCGAGAAGCAUUUUCAAGAGAUCGAUGAUGUGCAAGACGAAGAUCAUGAAGAUGGAAAGAUGUCCGAGACUAGUGACACUAUCAGAGAGGCGUUCACAGAGAGUGCAUGGAUUCAGAGCCCAAAGGAAAUCUUCGGACCUGAUGGCUCCCUCACCGAAGAAGUUGCUGAGGAGAACAAGUCACUCAUUUGGACGCUUUUGAAACAGAUCCGGCCUGGAAUGGACUUAUCAAAAGUGGUUCUCCCAACAUUCAUCUUAGAGCCAAGGUCGUUUCUGGAAAAACUUGCUGACUACUAUUAUCAUGCUGACCUUAUUGCAGAAGCUGUCGCUGAACCAGAUCCAUUUGAAAGAAUAGUGAAAAUCACCAAAUUUUUCCUUUCUGGCUUUUACAAAAAACCAAAAGGGCUCAAAAAACCGUACAACCCAAUCCUCGGCGAGACAUUCCGUUGCAAGUGGGAGCAUCCAGAUGGGUCCACAACGUUCUACAUCGCUGAGCAAGUCUCUCAUCACCCUCCAGUUUCCUCACUCUUCAUCACUAAUCGCAAAACGGGAUUUAACAUCAGUGGAACGAUUUUAGCAAAAAGCAAGUAUUAUGGAAACUCAUUGUCUGCGAUUUUGGUCGGAAAACUGAAAUUGACUUUGUUGAAUCUUGGAGAGACAUACAUUGUAAACCUUCCAUACGCUAAUUGCAAGGGUAUCAUGAUUGGAACCAUGACCAUGGAACUUGGCGGAGAGGUUAACAUUGAGUGUGAGAAGACUGGAUAUAGGACAAUUUUGGAUUUCAAGUUGAAGCCGAUGAUCGGCGGAGCUUACAAUCAAAUCGAAGGAAGCAUCAAAUACGGAAGUGAUCGGCUCGCAAGUAUUGAAGGAGCUUGGGACGGAGUGAUUAGGAUCAAGGGACCAGAUGGCAAGAAAGAACUAUGGAACCCCACACCAGAAGUGAUCAAAACUCGGCUUCCUCGCUAUGAGAUUAAUAUGGAUGAGCAGAGUGAAUGGGAGUCGGCUAAGCUGUGGCGCCACGUCACAGAGGCGAUUUCCAACGAGGACCAGUACAAAGCAACCGAGGAAAAGACAGCGUUGGAGAACGACCAGAGAGCGCGUGCUAAAUCCGGAGUGCCGCACGAAACUAAGUUUUUCAAGAAACAAUAUGGAGAUGAGUACCAGUAUAUUCAUGCAGACUACCGCCCAUGGGAUAACAACAACGAUAUCCAACAAGUCGAGAAUAACUACGUGGUGAAGACGAUUUCUAGGCAUUCGAAGACGAAAGCGGGAACUAGCGAUCAAUUGGCAAGUGACAACACGUCAGAAGCCAGUGAAAGUGAUGAAGAGAUUGUUGCUCCUAAGAUUAAGAAAAAGGUCGUCGCGCCGGUGACGUCGAAGCCUGUUAUACCAAUUGUACCUGAUGAGAGAAUUAAGGAAAUGGAACACAAAUUCGACCUCGCUAUACGCCGAAUGGAGGUGGCGAACGAAAGACAAGCUGCGCGGGCUCUAAACGCCGUUCAGUCAACGUUGCUCUUCUUUUUCGUGGUUAUUUCCAUUAUGCAAUCAAUGUUCUUUUAUUUUAUGCUUCGAAAAUAA